GAUCCAAUUUUGUCAAACAUUCUAGACAAAACAUUUUGAAAAGCUAGGGAAAAUCAUUUUGUCUAGAAAAAAAUGUAUCAGCAACCGCCAGGAGAGAUGGUGCCGUAUCAACAACCACCAGGAGGGAUGGUGCCGUAUCAACAACCACCAGGAGGGAUGGCGCCGUAUUAUCCACCACAGCCACCACCAACACCAACAGGGAUGCUGCCUAGCAAUCCGAUAGUUGUAAUUGCACCUCAUUUCUGCAUACCAUAUCCAGUAGAUCUUACCAUUGCAAAGAAAAGACUAACUAUUUCGGAAGGUAACUUUGGUGUUUACGAUAUCAAUGGCAAUAACAUCUUUAAAGUUCAAGGUACGCUUGUUAGCAUUCGCGACCGGCGUGUUCUUGUCGAUGCUGCCGGUGUUCCUCUAGCAACUCUACAGCAGAAGAUUUUGACUUGCCAUAGGAGAUGGCAAGUAUACAGAGGAGAUAGCUCAGAUUCAAAAGAUUUGUUGUUCAGUGUGAAAAAAUCUAGCCUUCUGCAAAUCAAAACGAGUUUGCAUGUUUUCUUAGCAUCAAACACCGCUGAAGAAGUCUGUGAUUUUAAGAUCAAAGGAAGCUAUUAUGCACAUUCUUGUGUCAUCUAUCACGGGAAUUCGAAUAACAUUGUUGCUCGGAUGCACAUGGAACACACGGUUCAAAGUAUGUUUCUCGGGAAGGAUACCUACUCAAUUACCGUCUACGCGAACGUCGAUUACGCAUUCGUUGUCGCCCUGUGUGCGGUUCUUAAUGAAAUCAAUAUGGACAGAAGUGGUGAAGAUUAAGCUCUUAGUAGAAAUCCAAACUUCGUUACAUUAUUUUUUAAUGGCAAUUUUUCCUUACUUUCAUUAAAAGAUUUGCUUAUUUUUUACAUUCUAUUUAAUACAACCGUUUGGUUCAUUUGAUUA